AUGAUCGAUUAUGCUCCACUCUACCAGAGCCACCUGAUCUUCGGUCUCCUGGAGGCCACAACAGAAGAAAAGAUACCAGAACGCGUACUUCUCCGACACACCACAGCUGGCGCUCUUGUCGUCAGCAGCCACAACCUUUCUCUUAUUCUGAGGAAAUGGUGGAGUCAUAUCCCGGAGAUGAGGAAACAGGAUAUUGGUGCACUCCAACGGUGGUCUGAGCGGGUGCAAGCUACGUUGGAGCAAGCACAGGCGUUGCUGAUGAUCAAGAUUCCGCGGCCAGACCGCAGUCCCUUCCGCAUAGCUGGGGUGCAGCGCGAUGUGGUCUCCGGGAUCAUAUACGCCGUCGCUGCGAUCGGCGAGGCGGUGACGUCUUCAAGGCGCCAGUUCCUGUUGCCUAUAAUGAAGGGGCUCGAUUGGAGGUUCAUCCUUAACCGCAUUGUCGAAAGCGUUUACUGUUCGCAUUCUCGGGCAGAGCGUGUGCGUACUAGGAUACGUGAGUACUUGCAAGCUGUACAUCCGCGAGAACGGGGCACAGGGACACAGCCAGUGCACUACGGGAGCGUAUAUGCGGGGUGCACAUGUCAGUAUUCUAGGCCAUCGCUGGACGCUGCUGUCUCAGCGCUCUCCAAUGGACAAAUACCAGUCAUUGCAAUUUCGUACCUCAACCUUACUGUCGAUGUGCCGAAGAUGAUCUGCAGUACCGUCACCGACACGCCAUACGUCGCCGUCUCGCACGUUUGGGUGGACGGCUAG